GCCGUAUGCUCGUUGAGAGCAUAAUAUCGACUUCUAUCUUCUUCGUUGCUCUAUAUCUCCUCCCCCAAAGUCUAAUCUGCCUCUCAAUCAUACCCAAGUUACAAUCCGCAUAUUCCACAACUCGACCACAAUGUGUUCUAGAUCAUUUUCACCCGCAACGGAAAUUCCUAGCCUCCAAGGCAAAGUGAUCAUCGUGACCGGAGGCAACAACGGUCUAGGCAAACAAGCCAUCCUCGAAUAUGCACGCCACGGUCCUGCCGAAAUAUGGAUGGCGUCCCGAAACCUCGACAAAGCAAAUGAAGCGAUCCGAGAAAUCCACGCCCAAGUGGGCGGAAGCAUUCUGCCCGUCAUCAAGCCCCUUCAACUAGACCUCAACUCCCUAGACUCUGUCCAACAAGCAGCACGUCGAUUCUUAUCUGAGGCGCGACGUCUCGACAUCCUGAUGCUCAACGCUGGGAUAAUGGCAUGCCCACCUGCUGUCACAAAAGACGGCUACGAAGUCCAGUUCGGUACAAACCAUCUCGGCCACGCUCUAUUCGCGAAGCUGCUCCUUCCAAUUCUGAAAAGUACCGCAGCCAGUGACCCUUUUGCCGACGUCCGCGUCGUCGUUGUAUCUUCUGGAGCUCAUUCAGGUGCUCCCAAAGCAGGCGUCGUCUUUGAAUCCCUCAAGACGCCUGCGGAGCAGAUGGGCGGCAUGGAGCGCUAUGGCCAGAGUAAAACUGCCAGCAUUCUCUGGACGCGCCACAUGGCGCAAAUGCACCGGGACAUCAAGUGGGCGUCUAUACACCCGGGUGUCGUGAACACGGGCUUGCAAGCAGGCGCCGAUGGUGCGUCGCUGCCCGUUCGCGUGCUGUUGAAGGUCGGUAAGCCGCUUAUGAUGACGGUGGAGAAAGGCGCAUGGAAUCAGCUGUGGGCGUCAGUGUCAUCGGAGGUGAAGAGCGGCGAGUACUACGAGCCUGUUGGUGUUGCAGGUAAAGCGACUGAACAAGCAAAGGACAUGUGGUUGGCGGAGAAGGUGGGUCGUUGGACAGAUGUUGAGCUUCAGCGAUUCAUGUCUUAGUUUCCAUGAAAUUCUAGCGUACUCCUUUAUCGCUUAAUUAUCUUUAUUACAACUAUAGUUUACUAUACUACCACCUUUAUUCUAACUACAUUUUAGUUGUUAUACAUAAUAGAGGUUUAUAUAUUUAAUAUAUACCUAUUCAGA